CGCACGCACGCACGGUCACUCGGGGCCUCUUCGCCACCGCGGACGCUCAAACACCCUUCCAGGCAACAUGCAGCAGGCUCUCGCCGCGCACGCGGCGCCCGCCGCCGCGCGCUUCAACGUCGCCUCCAAGGCGCCCCAAAAGGCCGCGAGGCGCGCGACCGCCGCGAGACGCACUACAACGCUCACGCGCGCGGAGGCCAUCGCCGAACCCCCCGCGGUCGCCGCGGCGGACGCCAACCUCAAGGCGCGCAACGACGUCCGCAACGUCGCCAUCAUCGCGCACGUCGACCACGGGAAGACCACGCUCGUGGACUCGAUGCUCGCGCAGUCCAAGGUGUUCAGAGACAACGAAAAGAUCGAGACUCGCGUCAUGGACUCCAACGACCUCGAGCGCGAGCGCGGGAUCACCAUCCUCUCCAAGAACACCGCGGUGACGUACAAGGGCACGAAGGUGAACAUCAUCGACACCCCAGGUCACGCGGACUUUGGCGGCGAGGUGGAGCGCGUCCUGAACAUGGUGGACGGCGUCCUUCUCCUCGUCGACGCGCAAGAGGGGCCGAUGCCGCAGACGCGAUUCGUCCUCAAGAAGGCGCUCGCGCUGAACAAGAAGGUGUGCGUCGUCGUCAACAAGAUCGAUCGCGAUGGCGCGCGCCCGGACUGGGUCGUGGACACGACGUUCGACCUGUUCUGCUCGCUCGGCGCGUGCGACGAGCAGUGCGAGUUUCCCAUCGUCUACGCGUCCGGGUUUCAGGGCAUCGCCGGCCCGGAGCCGGAUCAGAUGUCUGAGACGCUCGAGCCGCUGUUCGACAUGAUCAUCGAUAACGUCCCCGCGCCGGUCGUGGACGUCGACGCGCCGCUGCAGAUGCUCGUGACGAACCUGGACUACGACGAGUUCAAGGGGCGCAUCGCGCUCGGCCGCGUCAACGCCGGCACCAUCAGCAACAAGCAAAACAUCUCCCUGGGCAUCCCGGACGCUCCGCACAGGAACGGGAAGAUCGGCGAGGUGUUCAUCUACGAAAACUUCCAAAAGCAGAUCGUGGACAGCGUUGGCGCGGGCGACAUCUGCGCGGUGGCGGGUUUGCCCGACGUGAUGAUCGGCGAGACGAUCAUGGCGGGCGGCGCCGAGGCGCUUCCUACGAUCACCGUCGAGGAACCCACGGUGCGGAUGACGUUCAGCGUGAACACGUCGCCUUUCGCGGGCAAGGAGGGCAAGUUCGUGACGUCGAGGAACAUCAAGGACAGGCUCGACCGCGAGCUCGAGAGGAACCUCGCGCUGAAGGUUGAGCCCGGAGACACCGCGGACACCUUCAUCGUCUGCGGUCGCGGCGCGCUUCACAUCACGAUUCUCAUCGAAAACAUGCGCCGCGAGGGGUUCGAGUUUUGCAUCGGCCCGCCGCAGGUGAUCAUGAAGGAGGACGAGAAGGGCGCGAAGCUCGAGCCGUUCGAGGAGGCGUCGAUCGAGGUUGGCGAGGAUUACAACGGCGCGUGCGUCGAGCUGAUGAGCAACCGCAAGGGCGAGAUGCUCGACCUCUUCACGAACGACAAGGGCAUCACGACGAUGAAGUACAAGAUCCCGACGCGCGGCCUCCUCGGCCUGCGCAACGCGAUCCUCACCGCGACGCGCGGCACCGCGGUGUUGAACACUAUCUUCGACGGAUACUUCCCGUACUGCGGCGACAUCGCGAUGCGCGAAAACGGCUCGCUCGUCGCGUUCGAGACUGGGCAGGCGACGUCGUACGCGCUCUUCUCGUCCCAGGAGCGCGGGAUCAUGUUCAUCAAGCCCGGCCUCGACGUGUACGAAGGCCAGGUCGUGGGGAUUCACCAGAGGAACGGAGAUCUCAAGGUGAACGUCGCGAAGCGGAAGGCGGCGACGAACGUGCGGUCGAACAAGGACGCGACGGUGGUUUUGAACGAGCCCAAGUCGCUGUCUCUGGACGACUGCGUCGAGUACAUCGCGAACGACGAGCUCGUGGAGGUGACGCCGCUCAACGUGCGGAUCUUGAAGAACCCGAAGAUGGGCAAGGGCGCGAACAAGAAGUAAGGUUAAGGGGAGACUUCUGGCGUUCGGUUGGAGAUGGAGGGUGUUUAUCAUACUUAGCGGACAUUGAUUCUUUUGGCCUCACGCUGCGAGGCGCCACGCUGUACAUAGCGGUAUUGUAACGCACGCGACUAUAAAGACUUAAAAC